CAAGUGAAUUGUUCUGUGAUUAUCGAUAAUUACUUGAUAAUUAUAUAAACUGGAGCAAUGAACAGACUCUGAUAGUGAAAAGAUGUGGGAAAACGACGGCCUAGCCCUUCAAAUCGAUCAACAAUCCUGACCAAUUUGACACGUGAUGAAAAAACUGAUGAAUUAGAAAAAUGAAUUUAACCUCACAAGUACAACGAGUUAAGUUCCUCUACAAAACCAUUCUCAAACUGCACCGGGGCUUACCUUUGGAAAUUCAAUCACUAGGUAAUAAUUAUGUACGGGAUGAAUUCAGGAGACACAAGAACUGCAAUCCUGCCGAAGCUCAAGUUUUCAUGACUGAAUGGGCUGACUAUGCAACAAAACUAGCUGAGCAGUUAGGAUUGCGAGGACCGCAGCAAGCCAAAAAAUUGGGUGUAGAUUUAAAUGAAGAUGCGCUAGAGAAACUAAGAGAUGAGCAAAUACACCAACUCUAUGAAUUGAUGGUAGCAGCUACUGGAAAAGAUGAUGAAAAGAAUACAAACAAAAAAGUCUAAGUUGGACGUAUUCCUUUGAAUAUUUCAAUCAAAGUCAAAAGACCAUGGAAUUGAGAAAUGAAGAUUCAGUUCUGUGAAGUUGCAACAAUUCAGGAUUUUUUUAACUCAAGUAAAAACUUGCAGGUAGCAAUUUAUCAUUUCUUUGUUCUGAUCUAGCAUAAGUUUUAGUUAAUAGUUAUUUUAUUUGAGAAAUGAUAUCAAUGUCAAUGUUAACGUUGGCUUAUAAAUGUACUUAAUCUUUAGUACAAAUGAAUUUUGCCUUAUAUGAAUGGAAGUCAUGGUUUGAGUGAUCCGCUGUUGCUUUUGAUCUGAUCAAAGGUGCCAUAUAAUACAAGUUGCACGUAGAAACGAGUCUUGUUAUUAAUAAUAAAAUGUAAUAUUAUUCAUUCAUUUGCCUACAUUUGAGAA